AUGAAUAAAACAACACAGUACAUCAUCGGCUAUAGUGCUGUAUCAGUGGCACUACUAAGCUGGUCGAUUCAUGACUCGCUAGCCAAGUCAUACAAUUACACCAUGUUCAUAAUCGAGUUCACUGAGGGAUUGAAACUCGGUAUUUUUGUGAAUUUUGUUAUAUUUGUGUUCUUGGCACUAAAUAAGCUAUUGCAGUUGUUAUUUUUCGGAACAUUAAGAAUCAUUGAAGUUGAGCAUUUAUAUGAAAAAUUACCCAUUUUUGUUAGUAAUCUAUUUCUCAAUUUGGCCACGGGUGAUAGUAAUGUCAUUUUGAAUGUGUUUCUUGUUGGUGUGGCAAUGACAUUUAAAGUCAUGCAUAUCAUCAUGCUUGAUCGAUUGGAUUUGUUAAAUUUGCAAAUAUUCAAUAAAGUGAAUGCAGAAGAAGAUGAAGAUGAAGAUGAAGAUGAGGAAGAUGGCGCAGUGGGCGAGGAACAUCAGCAAGUGGCACGGAUUGGCGUCUGGGAUAUAUUCAAGCACUACUUAAGUCUGAUCAAUUUUUGGCUCAAGAUUUGUUUCAUUGUUGUGGACUUUGGAUUAGCAAAAUUGUUGGUGUAUGACGUUUUCCAAGGCAUCAACUCCGUCACUUGUCUAUUGUUUGGAUUUCAAUUUGCCGUACAAGGUGUAGAGACUUUGACACAGUUUGCCAAAAUGUUGUUAGGCAUUUACGAAAUUGUGUUCUUCAAAAUUCGCAAAAAUUCGAGAAUCAAUCACUUGCAAAGUCAGUCAUCUUCAAGAGCGAAUCAAGUUGACCAUGAAGCAGGAAGAGAAGGAAUUAGAGACGAAGAAGACGAAGAAAGGGAAAUGGAAGAGUUGGAUGCAGAGGAAACAACCACUGAAAUUGAUGAUAAUGAUAAUGAUGUUGUUGACGAGGACGAGGACGAGGACGACGAGAAUGAAGUGGACAUAGUUUGGGAGAGCAAGCCAUAUUAUAGCAAAGCGAUUGAAAUCUCGUCAGCUUUACUCACUGCAAUGGCAUAUUUAUGUUUUAUUUAUUUGUUCACCUUCCACUCGGGUUACUCUUUACCACUAUCGAUGCUUCUGGGUACAUUUUCAUCAUUAAAGAGGGCUUGGACUCAAACAUCACAACUUCUUGCAUUCAUCGAGUCUUCAAAAAGGCUCGAUACGCAACUACCAAGCGCAACGAAGGACGACUUGGAACUGUUGGACAACUUGUGUAUCAUCUGUCGUGAAGAUAUGUAUUCCGCAGAAGAGUAUCAGCGUAUGCGUAACAAACCACAAUCACCAAGGAGAAGAGCAAAGAAAUUACCAUGUAAUCAUAUUUUACAUAUGGGUUGUUUAAAAGAAUGGAUGGAACGUUCUGAUUGCUGUCCUUUGUGUAGGAGGAAGGUAUUUGGCGGUCCAAUCUCUUCUACUCACCCAUCUUUUCAACAACAAGCAAAUCAGGCGCAACCACAAGGACAACCUCAAGGACAACCACAACCACCGCAACCACAACCUGUUGCUAGACCAGUGGCACCUUUACCGACUGGAUUUCCUACGAAUGCAUUCCAUACCAACGGAGCACCACCAACAAACAAUGAUGGGAGAGACAUGCAUCAAGAACAUAGUCAAGGUCGUAUAAACAAUCAAUGGAAUGAUGAUGGAAAUAUGAACCAAAUGGAUCCAAUGGAGCAGAAUUUGACUUCUGCAGCACGACAAACUCAAACUCAAACUCAAUCAUCGACAUCAUCAUCAUCAUCAUCAGAAUCACCGACUUACAAUGUCUCAUUAGAACCUACUCGGACAACACAACUUUCAUCUUCUUUGUCAUCAGCUUCAUCCUCAGCUGAGAGCAUUUAUCAAACUUUGAGGCUUCCUCGCUCUGCACUCUUACCACCCGAUUGGACAGUCAUACCAUUGGAGCGAGUCGAGGGAUCAGAUGGUGAUUAUAGGGUGCGCAUAUCUCCUCAAGUUCUGGCUAACAUGAAAGUUAGGCGCCCAGGUAACGAUACUUUUAUGAAUGAACAAUAA